GCACGGGCCACGCACUAGUUAGUUUUAUUAAGAGCCAUUAUUAACAUGUUUUAGGUUACAUUUUAAAACAAUAUGGUGAAGAAAAAGAAAGGGAAAGCGUGGACGCUUAGAAUGAGUGAAUGGCAGAAGAAAGGAUCGUCCUCUUCACUUGGUUUCCGUUAAUAUCCCCCAGUCGGUGACAAAAAAGACACCUCAUCCUCAUCUCCUUUUGGACCGAUCGUAUAACUAUAUCAGAAUUUUCUUCUUUCACCUUCAUUUGCAGCAUAUACCAAUUUUAGUCACAGAAAAACUCUUAAAUAAAUUAUGGCGGCACCUGAUCAGGAAGCAAUCGCCACUUUCAUGAACAUCACCGGCGUCGAUGAGGCCGACACCGUGCGGAGACUUGAGGAUCAUCAUGGCAAUUUGAAUGCAGCUGUGAAUGCUUAUUUCAGUGAAGGGGAUAGAAACCUAACUCAAGAGGCAUCUUUAGCUGCUCCUCUAGAUGAUAUGGACAUAGAUGAUUCAAUACCACUUGAGUCCCACAGACCUCCUGCCUCAUCACUCCCCCUUGCCAGAGAUUUGAAUCCUUUCUCUCUCCUUGAUCCGAACUUCACCAGAAAUAUAUUUGACAUUGGUAGCGCUCCAGCUCCAUCACCUUUUGUCUCACACCCAAGAGAGGUAAAGGAGAUCCCAAUUGAGGUGAAAGAUGGGAUUGGAGCAUCAAGUCAAUCUGGUGGUGCUCUCAAGAUUGAAGAUGUAACUGAAACUGCACGUGAACAUGGCCCUGAAAUUCGUGAAACAGCCAUAAUUGAUGAUAAAAAUGACGAAAAAAGUUCACCGAAUUCACCAAUCACACAAGCUGUUGGACCAAGUGCUCCCACUAUUGUGGAUGUGCCCGACUACGGAAAUGAGAUAGAAGAAGAAAUGAUACGAGCUGCUAUUGAGGCUUCGAAACAGGAUGCUUCAGUGCCAAAUCAACUAGUUGGCGAUCAUCUUGAUGCCCAGUAUCCCUCUUCUCAGCCUGGAGGACAGUCCCACCAAGAAGAUGCUGACCUUGCACAUGCAGUUUCAUUGUCAUUACAGACUGCAGAGCGGGAAAAAGCGCUUAGGGAACAGGAAGGAAAUAUUGGAACCUCAGAAGUAGGUCAGAUAUCAAGUACUUCCCCUGAGGAGUGGGGUAGAAUACUUUCCAAUGGACGGCAAUCUCAGUUGGAGCAUGGAGGCACAUCCCUCCAAGAUGAAGCUGAUGAUGUAGAAGAGCUGCCACUGGUUAGGCAUAGGAGAAGACGCGUGUCUUCAGGUCUUAUUGACACUGCAAAUAAUAUUGAAGAAGAUGAGGUCAGCCCGCCUUCAAGUCCUCCACAGCAUGAUCAUGUUCAUGAUCCGCAGCAUGAUAGAAGUGAAUUCCCCUCUGAGGUGUGGGGUGGCAUCUCUUCAGAGGAACAUGAUGAAGCUGUAAUGCUUGAGGCUGCAAUUAUGGGAAUUUCGUAUGAACCUCAUCAGCUGAUGAGAAAUGGUUUAGGUACUGCAGUGGAUCCCUAUCCUUGGCGUAUGCCUCGUCCUCCAUCACCUUCACUUGCUGCUCAGCGACUCAUACGAGAACAACAGGACGAUGAGUAUCUUGCUGCUUUACAAGCUGACAGAGAAAAAGAACUGAAGGCUAAGGAAGAAGCUGAAGCUGCUCUGGCAGAAGAGAAACGCAAAGAGGAUGAAUUGCGCAGAAAACAGCUAGAGGAAGAGGAAGUUGAGAGACAACUAGCAGCGAAGGAAGCUUCUCUUCCACAAGAGCCAACAGCAGAGGAUGAGAAUGCUGUUACACUCCUUGUGCGCAUGCCAGAUGGAACUAGGAGAGGACGCCGAUUUCUGAAGUCAGACAAGCUACAGUUUCUGUUCGACUUCAUCGAUGUUGGCAGAGUGGUUAAAUCUGGCAGUUACAGAUUGGUGAGGCCAUAUCCUCGGCAUGCAUUCAGUGACGGAGAGAGUACUUCGUCUCUGCAUGACUUGGGUCUAACCAGCAAACAAGAAGCCUUGUAUCUGGAGUUGAUCUAGCCUUUUAUGCUUAUAUUGUAAAGUUUCUGAAGAUGCAGGCAACACUCUUUUAACUGCAACUAUCAUGAGUGGAGAUGCCGAAUUCUUGGUCUGGUUUAUUGCGUUUGGUUGGAUGACAUUCAUUAUUUGGUCGGGAAAAAAUAAUAUUAUUUCUCAGAUAUAUGAUGAUUCUCGAGUAUGAUUUAUAUGGCGAACACAUGAAUUAGACCCGGAAAACAGUUUGAAAGGUUGGCCGAUUGAGACGAUUCUUGGGUACGUGUUUUCGUGAAAAGCUUUGGAACUAACGGAAUUAUAUAUAUGCCUGAUACUGAAAAUUGAUCAACUUGAUCAACUGUGACAUUUCAGAUCAUUUUUAGCUCAUGGAGUGAAUAUGGUACAGUACUUUAUAAUUCUAUGCUUGAUUGAGUACAUAACAUGUGCGGA